AUGUUCCGAGAACAGACAGAGGACACACGAGACACGGAAGUGGACAACAACGUGUGUCCAAGUGCUGUGGAGGCGGACGGGAAGCACGACCCUGUGUGUGUCAGUGCUGUGGAUGCGGACGAGAACGAUGUAGAGGAGGACGACAAUGACACGUACUACAACAUAACAAGUGCCCCUGCAGUGACGGAGGUGUCUGUAGAUCAGCUGGGGGACCGGAUCAAGGAGCUGCAGGUGCCCGUUGGUGGAUUCCAGGCAGAAUAUCAGAAACUAUCUACUACCUUCACCCGUUCUUACAACGACGCUCAGCUAGCGGAAAACAAAGGGAAAAACAGAUUUGUUAAUUAUUACCCAUUUGAUGACACCCGGGUCGUGUUGCAGGAGCUGCCAGACCGGCCUGGUUCUGAUUACAUAAAUGCCAGCUACAUCGAUGGGUACUUGCAACCUAAAGCCUACAUAGCAGCACAAGGUCCUCAUAAGAAAACCCUGACUGACUUCUGGAGGCUGCUCUGGGAAAAGAACUGUACCAGAAUCAUCAUGCUGACUAAUCUCAUGGAGAUGGGGAGUGUGAAGUGUGAAACGUACUGGUCGGACGAAACAGAUUUGACCGUGGGGGACUUCAACAUUGUUGUGACCAGUUCAAGUGAGCGAGCACAUUGGGUUGUGCGAGAACUACAAGUGACAGAGAAAAAGACACGCACUUGUCGCUACUUCCAUCAAUUUCACUUCACAACAUGGCCUGAUCAUGGAACACCCGAGGAGAUGGCCUUGACUGAAUUUCUGUGGCUGGUCAGGACGACACCUAACACUCAGGAUGACCCUCUGCUGGUGCACUGCAGUGCUGGGGUCGGCCGAACAGGAACCUACAUUGCUGUGGACUACCUGCUGGACCAGGCUCUGGCUGAUCAGAAUGUGGAUGUGUUUGGUUGUGUCACAAAGAUGAGAAACCAGAGGAAGGGCAUGAUACAGACCAAGGAACAGUACACAUGUGUUUACGUGACAUUGCAAGAGGCUCUGGAGUUUGGAAACACAGGCAUGGAAGUACAGGAGUUCAAUCAGAAUCGAAAUAGGAAGAGGACGUUCAAGAUGGGACACAUGGAACUCACACAGUUAAUAAAGAUCCUGAAUAUCAAAAGAGAGAUUUCAAAACAAGAGGCCAUGGUCAGGGGUCGUGUGUACGUUAAUGGGCGCUCAGACAUCUUGGCUCAACAGUCACAGUCCCACCUGUCAAUGAAGGGCUAUCUGUUGACUGAAGCUCCCUCCGUCACCACGGCGUCUCUGUUCUGGCAACUCACAGACCAACAGGAGUCCUCUACUAUCAUUGUCCUGCCAGACUCGCACCAGAGGCUGUCAAGCUUUGUGCCAUCCCCAGGAGACAGCCUGGAUCUGAGUCCAAUCAGCGUGAGAUGUUCAACAGAGAAAACCAUCAACCCUGACCUCGUCCUCCGGAACAUCCUCAGACAGACGGACAACCUUCCACCAGCUGCAGUAGGUGUGUACAUCAUAAAAAGGUUUCCAGCAGACUCCCACUCCACGCUGUUAGAACUCCUGGAACACGUAGAUCUUCACACGAGUGGGGAUGACUCCCAACCAGUUACUAUCAUCUACAGUGAUUCUGGUAGAAAGAGAGGUGCCUUGCUGUGCAUCUUGAGCAAUAUUGUUCAAGGCCUCAAGCAUGACAAAAGAAUCGAGAUCUACAACAACAUGAGAGCUAUGGCCCACUGCAUGGAUCAGGAUAUAACACAGGCAGACGUUGCUCUGUGUUACGAUGUCGCUUCGGCGUGCAUGGAGUCGCAGAGCAUCUACGAAAACCUCUAACAUGCAUCAAUACUGAUGCAUGAACAGACAAAACUCCAGUCUCCACCUUACAGAUCUGACUUGAUUGCACCAACAACUGCUUUCGUAAUGAAUAUAUAUUUGUGGGCUUCACAUGUAUUUCCUCCCUUAGCAAUUCUGUAAUAUUUUUAAUAAUAAUUGUCAUAUAAUUAAAUUAACGUUUGCUUCUGACUCGUUAAUUCUCCAGUUGACAUUAGAGGGAAACGUAAAAUGUAGGUAUUGAUUCUUUAUGUUUGAGUGAGUGAGUGAGUGAGUGAGUGAGUUUGGUUUAACGACGCUUUUAGCAAUAUUCUAGCAAUAUCACG